AUGAUUGAUAAAGCUAAUUUCUCCUUUGCUGUCUCUUGGCUUUAUCCUACUGCCGAUCGAGAACUUUUACAAGUUUGGAGUGAUCACGUAGUAUGGCUUUUUAUUUUUGAUGAUAUUUUAGAAGAAACCGAAAGCAUAGAAAAAUUUGAAGAUUUUUCAAAAGAAGCAAUUAACAUUGCUAAGAGGUUUCCAAGAAAAUUAGAUAAUAAUUCUCCAGCAAAUGACCAAUUCAAGCUUAAACGAUUCGUUGAAUAUUUUGAGCAUUAUUUGAAAGGAUGUCGCAAAGAGAGACUAUUUAGACAAAGUGGGCGAAUGCCAUCUAUCAAGGAGUAUUCAGAUUAUCGUUAUGCCAGCGUAGGCAUGUUUAACUAUUUAUUAGGAACUGAAUUUGUGCAGAAUACAAUUAAUGAAACUGUUGAGCAUUCUAAAAUACAAAGAUUAUUAGAAAUUACAGUUCUUCAUUUUUUUCGAAUUAAUGACUUGUUUUCCCUAGGAAAAGACAAACAACAAGGACUUCCAAAUUAUGUUAUAGUCAUCCAAAAUGAGAAAAAAAUUAGUGAAGAGCAAGCUGUUGAAAUAGUUUUGGCAGAGAUUGAACAAUUAACUGCCGAGUUCAAAUCAAUUUAUUCGGAAAUCAAACAAGAGAAUAACUCAAAUAUGAAUGAUUAUUGUGAGGGAAUGAUUGAAUUCAUGAUCGGCAAUAUCGAAUGA